CAAAUCACAACUUCAAGCUAAUCAUGUCACAAGAUUACAAUGACGAGUUUAUAGACAAUAUAAAACGUAAAGACUCAAUUAAAAACCUUACUGAUGCUGAGAAAGAGCUUGAAAAACUAAAAAAUGAUAAGCAAUCAUUUAUGAUUGAACAAAACAAGCAAUAUCUAGAAUCAUUAUUCCAAGAUCACAAGUCUAGUCCUAUCAAAAUUAGAAAUGUCCAAAUCACCAAUGCUCAAACAUUUAGGGAUUCAUUUUUGCAAAGUCAAUUCAAGUCUUUACUUGCUUCCGAUCAAUCCGUAAGUCUCGAACUGUUUCUUACCAAAGUUGAACAUAUUUCCAAAAACUUCUUAAAGCUUGGUAUUAUCGACAACUUGCUCGUGUCUGUCCAGCAAGUAAAUCCACCAAUGUUUAGUCGUGGUACAUCCUUACAUGUGGUACCCGUAUUUAAUAUCAUCCCCACCAAAAAGUUCUAUGCCAAAACAGGUACAAAUAUUGGUAAUGGAGAAGGUGACGGGUAUAUCCAAUUUCAACUCAGAAAUAUAUUUGGUGGUGGUGAAAACUUAGAAUUUGAUGCUGUUUCAGGAACCAAGACUCAAUCUUCAUAUAUGUUGAAUUACAAUCAACCUUUAUUUAACAAUGCUAAUUACAGAUUGGAAAACUUAUUUUAUGUAAAUACGAGAAAGUUUGAUUGGAUUCAAGCAAAUGUUACUGGUAGAGGGGUGACCAACAAGAUUCACACCUUGUUUGAUGGCCCAGUGAACCAUGAGGUUGUUCUCGAGAAUUAUUGGAAAGUAUUGAAUAAUUAUGGUAGCAAAAGUUUGGAAGUUUUGCAACAAGCAGGAUCUCAAUAUAAAUCUUCCUUAAGCUAUAACAUAAUUUAUGAUUCAAGAAAUAACAAGCAUUUACCUACUGUGGGUAAGUACUUACAAUUUGGAGUUGAGUUUAACGGGUGGGCAAAAUAUGUCAAAUAUCCGUUUAUUAAGACGGCCGGUCAAGCUCAAUUCAGUUAUUCGCUUCCAAAAUUCAAAUCUUCUGUUAUCGCCACUGCCAAAACAGGAAUGUUGUAUCCAUUGGGCACAACUAGUUCACUUUUGGAUAGGUUUUACAUUGGUGGACCAAAUGAUGUUAGGUCAUUUAUGCUUAAUGGAUUAGGACCUAAAGAUUUCAAUUCGUCUAUUGGUGGAGACAUUUUCUUGAAUGGUGGUAUCUCUUUAAUAACUGAUAUUCCCAGGUACACUGAAUCAAAUUUCAAAAUACAUAAUUUUGUCAAUUUUGGGAAAUUAGUUAAAAUGGACAAGUCACAAGGUAUAAUUGAUAAUCUUAAGCAACUUACUCACCUGCACUCGUUAAGUUACGGUAUAGGUCUUUUGUUUAAUCAUCCAAUGGCGAGAUUCGAAUUGAACUUGGUUGUGCCUAUUAUAGCGCAUGAUAGGGAUUCAGUUAGAAAAGGUAUACAAUACGGUAUCGGAGUGUCAUUUUUGUAAAUAGAACUAAAUAUAGAAUUAUACAAUUAGUUUGGAUGUUGAGUGAUCCAUUCAGAAUGAUGUUUGAUAACUUCGGGUAUCAUUCUAGAUUCAAUUUCUAUAUGAUCUUUAAUCUCGUCUUCCGUAAGUUUUAUCCAAUGAGAAUCAUUUGGUGUCACAAACACGACUUCGUUCUUUCUGGUUUGUAAUAAAUUACCAAUAACUAAUUGAUGAUGAUAUCUUUCCAACGCAGUUGUGGCCUUCUGAAUCAAAAUAUUGCUGUCGGUUUCCAAUUUGAAAGAAACAAACAUGGCACCUUGAGCCCAAUUGUCAACUAAUCUACUCAAGAAUUUCGGUACCUGAGAUAAGUUAAUUUGUAAUUGGCCAUCAACGGUGGCUGAACUUUGAAUCUUGUGUUCUGAUAAUCUUGAUUUGGGAAUAAAGAAAUCUGAGACGGCUGCUGCCAAGUAGAACAAAGCAGUGCUUCCUAAAACGUGCAUUUUUUCAGCAGCAGAUUUUAAAGUGUACAAGUAUUGAUUAACUGUAGUGAAAGGAAUAAGCAACAAAGUAUUAUUAGCUUGUGCUUGGUUGUAUUUUCUUAAAACUAGUAACAUUUCUUCUGUGUAUUUGGAAUUAAUUUCAAUUUUCCCGUUAUUUUCAGUCAUAAAAUCUAAGAAGCAAUUUGUGGAAUGACUAUAAUGUCUUGAGUAGGGUAAUAAUGAAUAUUCACGAUGUAAAAAUAUCACGGCGUAUCCGUUUUCUAAAAAGUAUUCUGCUGAAGUUGCACCUCUGGUACCAGCGCUAAAAUUAUCAAUAAAUCUAACAGUAUUGUUUUCUAAUGGGACAGUAGUACCACCAGAGGUAACCAAUACAAUUCUUCUAUUAGUGUUUUCCUUGUGGAAUUGAAUAAACUGUUCUAUUUCCUUUUCAAUUUCAGGUAAGUAAGCUGGUGGUUCAUGGUUGCGGAAAUAUUUAUCUUCAUCUGAGAUAUGAGCAGGAGCAAAUUCAGGAAUUCUACGGUCAAUUGCCGCAGAGGUAUCUGGGAAUGAAGUAUGGAAUUGCACUUGAUGAAUUGGAGACAUGGUUGAUUGAGUGUGUCCUUCGAUUGCAGUCU